AUGAUCGAAACUUGCUCUCCCCACCACGAAGGCUCAAGUCCUGUCCACCUUCACUCUCCUCAUCGGCUGCGCUACUGCGAUUCGCGUCUUGCUAUCGGGGAGAUCCAGCGAUCUUUAUCACGAUCACCUUCCAAAACAGCAGAUUUCCGCAACAGUCUGCGCUCAAUCUCACCGAGCAUGGGAAAUGUACCUGCCAAUCCUUCUCCAUUAUCUCCAUCAAGACGAUCGACCUCGGAUCUGUUCUCAAACUCCACAACCAUGGCCUCGCCUUUCGCAAGCCGUAAUCCCACGAGUCGACAACCACGGCCAAGUCUGAGAAGAUCUGCGCAGCCGUCGAACAACCUUAGAGCCCGCACCUCUCCAAAGAGUCCCUCCAAGAAGAUUCUCAGCGAUUCCUCCGAUAGCGGCAACUCUACUCCUGCUACCCUCCGUAAACGAAGUUCAACAGAGGCUGACCGCGAGCAAGGUCUUAGUAACACGAUAUUUGGUGGUAGCGACAAAGAGAACUCUUCGAGCCAGGAAGAAGGACUCGGUGCACGCCAUGUCUACACUAGGCAGGAGAAGCGUAGAAGUGGUGGCAGCUUGAUGAGCUUUGUCGCUCCACAGAGCCCAAUGAAGCGCUCCGAGCCAAUGGUGUUGGACCAGGACGAGAUCAAGAGCCCGUCCGCCAAACGUCGCAGUCUUCAUGGACCCAGCUCUGGGCUCGACUUCAGCAUUUUCGAGUCCGAGUCUCCGAAUAAUGCCUAUGGCAGUCGUGCUCAGGAGGAAGGCGACUGGCUUCGUCAUGCUAGCCCUGCUACGAAGUUCAGCACCAUUCCAAGACGUUCUACGUCUUUACGCAAGUCGACCAUCCAGCAAAGGCAGGCGGAGCGCUCCAACAUGAGAUUCAACCAGCAUUUGGAGCUUGAGAACAGUUGGUUCGAUGCCACCCCCUUUGCGAAGGUUGAAAAGUCACUGCGCAUGUCGUUGGACAACCAUCUCGAGCCUAUGUCGCGAGAGAGCCCGUUCGGCGCCCAAGGCCAUCUAAUCAGCGCCUCAAUACACCCUGCCCCACCGAAAGGUAACAGUCAGGUUGAGAACGCUGCAUCCACAGCUCGUCACCCUCUUUCUCGGACUAUCACGCAGUCGUCCUCGCAGUCGAGCAUAACGGGCGACUCUCCGACUCAUGAGCCAUUCCACCGCCCCACAAGACCAGCAUCCCACGACUUCUCAAAAUCUUUGCCAAUAGGAUCUACGAGACCUACGCCCUCCCGGGACUCGUCUGAGAACUCAUCCCAAGGCUCAUUCGCAACUCCUGGCACAUACAAGUCGGCCAGACCGCUACCCGCUGCUUUCAUGUCCACUGGAUUGAUUUCGAAGAAGAAUAGGAACAUCAACGACCCAAAUGCUGGCCUACCAAGGGCCCACAUGCCAGAUACACCCUGCAAGAGGCAGUCUAUCAUGUUUCCUCCAGAUGCCAAAGCUGGUGCGGGUCGUAAUCGGGUCUCUUUCGGAACGCCCGCCACGCCUGCCGAGUCUCAAGGUAUCAAGCCCUUACCUUUCGCCAAGAGCCUGGGGCUCUUCUCGACGCGGCAAACAAAAAAUGGACUCCUCCGGAAAGCGAGCUUUGCUUCCAUUGACUUCGAUGAGAAAGCGUCCUCUCAAUCACCUAUUCAGGCCAAUGCAAGUCAAUCCACGAAUGACUCCGGCUUUCCACCUACUCCAACGAAGCAUUUCGACGAGCCGUCUCGAGGGAGCUCAAUCUCGCCUUCACCGCAUCAUGGUCGCAACCUUUCUGUGCCCGCAUUAUCUGGAUCUCAAUUCCCGAGUAAAAGCGUCGAUGAGGACAGUGAUAGCGCGAUGGCUGGCUCGCCAUCCGCUAACACGGGCCAUAAAUCGUCACGCGAACUUCUUGAGGCAGGGACUUCCUUCACCCAAGGUCGUCUUCUCAAGAAUAUGAGUUCCCCAACUCCGCUGGCGAGGAGUACUCUCUUUCAAUCCACCCACCGCAUCCCUGCCGUGAAACAUGCUAAAAAUGUCUUCCCAGUCACACCCCUCGGAAAUAGGCCAGAAUCGCGAUUGUCUCCCCAUACUCCACAAGAGAGCGUCUUCCCACCCGAUCCUAGCGGACUAACCAUCUCAGGACGAGGAGAACGACCGACGACCAGAAAUGGUCUUAGCACGGUCGUGCCAGCUACACCAACGGGUCCGCGCGACUACUUCGCAAACUUCUCCAACAGACCCAGCCUUGAUCUCAAGACGGCCCACACUAAGACCCUGGACGGUAGCUUACUAGCCAGAUUCGAAAAAGUUGACCUAAUCGGGACUGGCGAAUUCUCCCAGGUCUACAGGGUUUCUCAGCCGCCCCAGAGUUCACCGUACCACAAGAUCUACAGCAUGAGCGGACGCACGACACCUCGCGGCUCGCUCCAGGAGUAUGUUUGGGCGGUUAAGAAGUCUCGUUAUCCCUAUGCUGGCGUCAAGGACAGACAGCGAAAGCUGAAAGAAGUCGAAGCGCUGAAAGUACUCGGCCGGUCUGACCACGUCAUUGGCUUUGUUGACAGUUGGGAGAACGAGAACCACCUGUAUAUUCAGACCGAGUUCUGCGAAGAGGGCACCCUAGGCUCCUUCGUGGAUCAGAAGGGCUCGAGAGCCAGACUUGACGACUUUCGCAUCUGGAAGAUUGUGCUGGAACUUUCACUCGGAUUGCAACACAUUCAUGAACAGGGAUACGUCCACCUAGACCUCAAGCCUGCCAACGUUCUCAUUUCAUUCGAGGGCGUUUUGAAGAUUGCGGACUUCGGCAUGGCUAGUAAAUUGCCUGCUGAACCUGGCAUCGAGGGCGAAGGCGACCGAGAGUACAUUGCACCGGAGAUUCUCUUAGGCCAAUACAACAGACCUGCCGAUGUCUUUUCGCUUGGUCUUAUGAUGCUGGAAAUUGCCGGUAACGUUGUGCUGCCCGACAAUGGCACGUCGUGGCAGAAGCUGCGCAACGGAGACUGGAGCGAUAUCACCACCCUAUCAUGGGAUUCCGAAAGCAGUGUUUUCUCUCGAGACGCUUCUGGCAACCCCAUCGACAGCCCGGAGAUCACCGAUGCAGACACCGCCAUGGAUGUUGCAGACGAAGGUGAGAAGAAGCGGCCAUCAUUGCCUCCAGCUCGACCUGGUGAAUUGACUCUGCCACCUCCUUUCAUGCUGGAUCGCGCUCAUCCAGCGUCAUUGGACAAUGUUGUGAAACGGAUGAUGCGGCCUGCACCUGCUGAUCGGCCCUUGAUCACAGAGGUACUACAAGAGGAAGGAAUUCGGUUCGUUGAUGCUAGAAGACGUGCCGGCGCUACUGUCUAUGAAGGCAACUGGGGCCCUGCUGAUGAUAUUCUCGCGGAAGACGCGGAGAUGAUCGACGUCUAG